AUGGAUUCAGAAGGUAACUCGGGUACAUCUACUCCUAAUUCCCGCUUCACCACCCAGGCAAAGACGGCCGAUGACAUUUUGUCGGCGCAAACCGUCGGUCUUGUCCAACUCGACGAUUUUAGGAAACGAAGAGCAGAUGCCAUAGACGCAAAGGAACGAGAAGCACUGGAAUCUGGUCGUGCCACUCCUGCCAGUGCAACAGACAGCUCGUACAACAAGUGCAGUGACCCGACGUUCAAGCCAUCCAAGAAGAAACGCAAGACUGUCAAGAAAGGCGCCCUGUCGUUCGGCAACGAUGAAGACAACGACAGUCAGACACCGACCGAAUCGUUGAAGUCUCGCUCAAGCACACCUGCAGCCACAAAAGAAGACAAGAUCAACGAGGAAGAUGACAGUCCACCUAUCAAGAAGCGCCUCGCUGCGAACUCAAGUGUCGGCUUCAUGGCCAAAUCCAUGUCAAAGUCAGCCCUCUUGCGUGAGGCACAGACACGGGAACAACUUCGUAAAGACUUUCUCGUCAUGCAGGAAGCAGUCAAGCAGACGGACUUCCUGCUCCCUUUUGUCUUCUACGACGGCACAAACAUCCCUGGGGGCCAAUGCCGCAUGAAGAAGGGGGACAUGGUCUGGCUGUUCCUCGAUCGAGCAAGGAAGGUUGGUGCAGAAGUCGGAGGCAGCGACAAGGCUCGACGUGAGUGGGCCCGCGUUGGCGUCGACGACCUGAUGCUGGUCAAGGGCGAUAUCAUCAUACCUCAUCACUAUGAGUUCUACUAUUUCAUGGUCAACAAGACGAUCGGCUACAAUGGCCCGCUGUUCCCUCACUCUGCGGAACCGACAGCGAAUACUCCCCUCGACACCUCGGCUUCUGCCCCAGCGGGAGGUUUGUCAAUUCCUACCGCUCCAUCCAAGACAUCCAAGGCGCAGAUGCAGUCACCCGCCGUUCCUGACGCCGACCUCGAGGGCUUCGGCGACGACUCAAACUCGACAAAGGUCGUCGAUCGACGCUGGUACGAGAGGAACAAGCACAUUUUUCCUGCCAGCACAUGGGAAGACUUCGACCCGACAAAGGACUAUACCAGUCAUGUGCGCAAGGACGUGAACGGUAACGCUUUCUUCUUUUCGUCAUGA